CAGGGGAAAAAUGGGACAGAAAUGACAAGGCUGAGCUCACUGAUAGCAUUUCAUCAUUAUUUUUUCUCUACUUUAGACACCACUCAGGAUAUAUCGCACAGUGGGUACGCUAUUUGUUCUGUGCUCACCCGUAAAUUCGCACACUUCGGAUGAUCUUGAUCGGAACGCGAUGAUCUCCAGUCUAUAAUUUUCAGAAAUGCUGUUUAUCCACAGUUUUCCUGUCUUUCGGAGCAGUUCGCCACAUGUGGAUUGUUGCCCUGUGGAACAGAAGAGGUACAUUGAAUCUCACGGAUGGUGAUGUAAUUAUUCCGAUACAUUUGGAUACAUUGGAUUGGAAGUCAACACCGAGUGACGUUGGAGAAAGAAAACAAACCGAGUAAAUAUCCCAAACACUGAGCUGGGAAUAACUGCAGACAAUGGUUCAGUGUUCCAGCUGUGAAAAGCCUAUUCUUGAUAGGUUCUUGCUCAAAGUUUUGGACAGACCGUGGCACAUCAAAUGUGUCCAGUGCUGCGAAUGCAAAUGCACUUUGACAGAGAAGUGUUUUUCACGUGAAGGGAGACUGUAUUGUAAGAAUGACUUCUUUAGGACAUUUGGGACCAAGUGUGACGGUUGCGCCCAGGGGAUUUUACCCAGUGAUCUAGUGCGCAGGGCGAAGAGCAAAGUGUUUCACCUGAACUGUUUCACCUGUGUGAUUUGCAACAAACAGCUGUCCACCGGAGAGGAACUGUACAUCUUGGAUGAAUUCAAGUUUGUUUGUAAGGAGGACUAUCAAAACAACAAUGGAAAAGACACAAUCCUCCUUUCAGUCACGACGUGCAGCGACCCGAGUCUGUCUCCAGACUCCCAGGACCCGCAGGACGACGGGAAGGACUCAGAAACGGGACAUUUGUCCGAUAAAGACAACAACAACGAGAAUGACGAGCAGAGCACCGUCGGGAAACGACGCGGGCCUCGGACCACCAUUAAAGCCAAGCAGCUGGAGAUCCUGAAAGCGGCUUUCGCGGCCACGCCGAAACCCACCAGGCACAUCCGGGAGCAGCUGUCACGGGAGACCGGCCUCACUAUGAGAGUCAUCCAGGUUUGGUUCCAAAAUCGGAGGUCCAAAGAGAGACGCAUGAAGCAGCUGAGCUCCCUGGGCGGACGGAGGCACGUGUUCUUCCGCGGCCAGAGGAGGAUGAGGGCGCUGGGAGAGAGACUGGAAGCAGAGGAGCUUGGACACUUCUCUUAUUAUGGAGAUAUUCACAUGACUGCAGAUUAUCCUGGUGAAUACUAUGGCUCAGGAGGGAAUUAUGAGUACUACCAAGGCCCACCAUCCUCCCAUGCUCAGACUCCAGCAGAUUUGGGCUUUGUGCCCUCCUCUAUCCCUGCUGGCACCCCAUUAGGAGCAAUAGACCACCACCAUCCAGGGCACCACUGUCCUGGAGAGGUGCACUGUUUCUCUGACACAGUAUCUCAUCAUCCCGCGGACUCACCCAGCCCUGAGCCCAAUAUGCCGGGCUCAAUGCACAGCAUCUCCAGCGAGAUGUGUGGCCCCAGCACGCCCUACACGACUGUGUCUCUCAGUGACAACGGAUACACCAACCAGCUGUCACAACCCUCCUCAGAAAUGAGCGAAGGCACUGUCUGGUAAACCGAAGUACAAGUCACACUUGGAUUUUGAAGGCAAAUCGACACUUUUUUUGGUUCAUCUAUUUAAUUGUUAUUUAUUUAAUUGUUAUUUAUUUAUUUGUGUAUUUAUUUAUUUACUUGCUUGCCUUUCUGUUCAGCUCUAUUUAACUAUUUAUAAAUCUAUAUAUUUGUAUGUCAGUAUUGUUUAUUGACUAGCCAAUCAAUAGAUUGUUUUAAAGUGAAUUUGACUCAUUAGUUUAUUCACAAUGCUGGGCCUCAUUGAUCAAGCAAUAAACAAACACAUGUAUAUGCUGCAGAAAGUGUUUUUUUAAAACUGUUUACGAAACCUUUUCUGCCACAUAUUUGACACAACUGUCCUUAAAAUGUUAAUUUAAAAAGGUGCAUGGCAGCAUUUGUUUUUCAUCAUCUUUCAGUGUUUUACGCAUUCUGGCAAACAGCUCCAUCCAUGAGUUAAUGUGUAAUACAAGAUGUUAUCUUUUAACAGCAGAAUAUGAUUGUGAUGUUCAAUACAUUUGACCAAAUACCUCUCAGGACCGUG